CCGGGGUGCCGUGGGGCACGCGCGGCGCGGGCGCGGCGGCCGCGGCGUAGCGAAGAUGGCGGCAGGGGCGCUGCGCCCCGCUCCGGGCUGAGCGCGGCGCGGCCCCGCGCGGCCCUCAGAGCGGCGGCGGCGAUGUCCGAACCGGAGCACCUGGGCGGGAAGCGGGCCGAGUCGGCGCGGCUGCGGCGGGCCGAGCAGCUGCGGCGCUGGAAGGGCUCCCUGACCGAGCAGGAGCCGGUGGCGGCGGGGGGCGGCCGCGGCCGGCACCGUGGCGCGGGGGGGUCCCGCGUCCGCUUCGAGGAGGGCGCCGUGUUCCUGGCCGCCUGCUCCAGCGGCGACACCGAGGAGGUGAAGAGGCUGCUGGGCCGCGGUGCCCGCAUCAACACCACCAAUGUGGACGGGCUGACAGCCCUGCACCAGGCCUGUAUUGAUGAGAACCUGGACAUGGUGAAGUUCUUGGUAGAAAAUGGAGCCAAUGUGAACCAGCAAGACAACGAGGGCUGGACCCCUCUUCAUGCAGUGGCGUCGUGUGGCUACCUGAACAUAGCAGAGUUCCUGAUCAGCCACGGGGCCAACGUGGCCGCUGUCAACAGCGAGGGGGAGGUCCCGUCCGACAUCGCCGAGGAGGCGGCCAUGAAGGACCUGCUUCUGGAGCAAGUCAAGAAACAAGGUGUAGACCUAGAGCUGUCAAGGAAAGAAGAGGAGCAGCAAAUGCUCCAGGAUGCCCGGCAGUGGCUGAACAGUGGGAAAAUUGAGGAUAUAAAGCAGCCUCGGACAGGAGCCACAGCUCUUCAUGUUGCUGCAGCCAAGGGCUAUUCUGAAGUCAUGAGGCUCCUGAUCCAGGCUGGGUUUAAUUUGAACGUCCAGGACAAUGAUGGCUGGACUCCACUCCAUGCUGCUGCUCACUGGGGAGUGAAGGAAGCGUGUUCCAUCCUGGCUGAGGCUCUGUGUGACAUGGACAUCAGGAACAAGCUGGGCCAGACGCCCUUUGAUGUUGCUGACGAGGGACUUGUGGAACAUUUAGAAAUGCUGCAGAAGAAGCAGACUGUGCUGCGAAGUGAGAAGGAGACAAGGAAUAAGCUGAUUGAAGCUGACAUGAAUGGGAAGCCUCAAAACAGAUUCUUCACCAACAAAGAGAAGAUUCUUUAUGAGGAAGACACAAUGAAGUCGGUGGAAACUGAGGAAGAGAACAAGGACUCGAGCAGUUCUAGUUCUGAAGAGGAAGAAGCUGAAGAUGAAGUUUCAGAAUCAGAUGCUGAAAAGGAGUCAGAGAGAAAGGAAGAGCCCUUUGCCAACCACUCCAGCCGUGAAUCCAGGCCCAGCAUCACUGAGCAAAUGCCACCACCUGAGCCAAACUCCUUCACUGCGUCUGCCAGAAGAUUCAGUUGGCUCAGCAAGUCAGAUGAGCAGAAGGAUGAAUCACCUUCGUCCUGGAGGCUGGGCCUGAGGAAGACUGGCAGCCACAACAUGUUGAGUGAAGUUGCUGCCACUCGUGAGGCACAGAGGGAUAAAACUUCUUCUAUCUAUCGCUCCUCGUCCAGCCCUCGGAUAUCUGCGCUGUUGGACAACAAGGAAAAGGACAGAGAUAACAAGAGUUAUCUUGCCACCAUAGUCCCCAGAAGACUGAGCAGUACGAGUGAUAUAGAAGAAAAAGAAAACAGAGAAUCUGCAGUGAACCUGGUGAGGAGUGGCUCCUACACCCGGCAGCCCUGGAGAGAUGAGCCAAAGGGAAACGAAGCUCCCCACUCUGGUGCACCCACUACCUAUGUAUCCACCUACUUGAAAAGUGCUUCAUUUGGUAGAAGUAGUGACCUGAGCAGUCCCUACAUUUCAGCCAGUUGCAGUCCAUCUCUAGCUACCUCACCCACUGCCAUUGGCUCAUCUACCUCCCUGGGCACCCCGUGGCAAGCUGUCUCUUGCUGUCCCCCAUCUCUCGGUGUGAGCACUCCUGCUUCAGCCCACCACAGCACCAGAGCCCCUUUCAGGCAACAAAGUGAUUCUGCUGUAGAGAAAAGCGCAGAGGGCAGCUGUGGCAGCACCCCUCUAGGUGUAAUCACAAACCGUGCUGUGCUCGGCGCUGCCAACGGCACCGCGAAUGCCGGGGCUGCCUCCGCCCUGGGGAAGGAGCUCUCUGCUGAGGAGCCCAGGGAGCGCAGAAGGUCAUAUCUGACUCCGGUGCGGGAUGAGGAAGCAGAAUCCCUGAGGAAGGCACGAUCCAGACAGGCCCGGCAGACCCGCAGGUCCACCCAGGGCGUGACGCUGACGGAGCUGCAGGAGGCCGAGCGCACGUUCAGCCGCUCGCGCGCCGAGCGCCAGGCGCAGGAGCAGCAGAGCGACAGAGCCCAGGACAGCGGCGACCGGCCCGAGAGCCGCGGGCGCUGGGGCAGGAGCACAGAGGACGAGACCGUCUAUCGGCGACUGAGGGGCCCAGCACAGCCUGACAAACCCACAACGCCUGUGUCUCCUUCCACAGCAGCACCUCUGCUCUACACAAGUUCAUACCUGACUCGAACAAAUAAAUAUCUAGGGCUGGACUCAGUGAAUCCAGCAGAUUUCAGAGCAGCAGCCACAGAGAUGGAGAAAAAUGAGUGUGAAGAUCAGGAUUCAGACGACAGAUCCCUGAACAAACAGUCGAUCCGAGAGCGGCGACGACCAAAAGAGAGACGGAGAGGCACCGGCAUCAUCUUCUCAGCACAGGAUGAUGAUGAUGAAGUUGAUGGAAAUGAAGAAGUGAAGGAAACUCGGCAUGAGAGACUUUCCAGGUUGGAAGCAGCUACAAACCCCAGCACGAGUGAGUCGUACAGCGACCGUGCCUCCAGCCGCUCCAGUGCCUACAGCCGCAGGGAGAACCGGCUCGCCGCCCUCAGCAGCCGCGCAGACGAGGAGAGCAACAGGGACUAUAAGAAAUUAUACGAGAGUGCCCUGUCUGAAAAUCAAAAGCUGAAGUCAAAGCUGCAAGAAGCCCAGCUUGAGCUGGCUGACAUCAAAACAAAGUUGGAAAAAGCAACCCAGCAGAAACAGGAGAAAACUUCUGACCGGUCCAGCAUGCUGGAGAUGGAGAAGAGGGAGAAGCGAGCCCUUGAGCGGAAACUCUCUGAAAUGGAGGAGGAAAUGAAGAAUCUCCACCAGCUCAAACAGAUUCACACUCUGAGGCAGAUGAAUGAGCAACUGCUGGCUGAGAACAGGGCUCUGACCCGGGUGGUAGCCAGACUUUCUCUGCCUGCCAAGCCCUCGGAAUCAGAGGAGCUGUAGCUGCUUUCCCUCCGGCUCAUCUUGCCUCCCUCUUCCACUCUUCCAGAUUUUGACAGAGCUGAAGUCAGACAACCAAAGGCUGAAGGAUGAGAACGGAGCCCUCAUUCGUGUCAUCAGCAAACUCUCCAAAUAGGAAUCCUGAGCAAAGGCAGGACAAGGAGGGGUGUCCUACACCAGCUGCCAACCCCAGCACCGAGCCCUCCCCUUCCCUUCCCGUCACGUACAGCAAGUGUUUCAGCCGUGGGAUCAAUGUCACACCUGCCUUGCCCUGCCCAUUGCUGUACAUUCCCUUUUCACCCCAGUUUCCCCCCAAAACACCCCCUGCCAUUUUUUUUUUUUUUUUUAAUUUAUGCAUGUUGUGGUAUCUCGGACAUUUUAUUCAAGGGAGAAAUGUGAGGACUGGGUUUGAGCUGCCAAAAUUUUUUCCAGAAGCUCAGUAUUUGGUUUUGGACUUUGAGCUGGAGUGGGAAGCUCUUACUGUAAAAAGUGACAUCUGAAGAACCAGCCCAGCAUAUCCAGGCCCUUUACAGGUGGGAAAUGUGAACAUGGGCUGGGACUCUGAGGAUGUACAGCAGCCCCCUGAGACGUGGGACUCUGGUUCAAUGUGAUGCUUUUAAAGCCACCAGAGCUCAUGUUUGUCACAGGCUGAUGAGCUCUUUUGCAGAGACCUUCUCCUCUUGCCCCAGCAGACUGAGUCUUCUAUUUAAGAUUUUGAACUUGUUCAGUACCAUCAGUGCUGACACUCGGUGUCAGACCCUGAUCCCUCACCCUCCCUUUACCCCUGGCUGAUCCUGUGUCAUGUUGUGUCCUUCCAGGGCUCCUGUCUCUGUGCUUGGGAGCAUCCAGUUGCCAACUGGACUCUUGUUCCUUGGGACAGGAUAUAUCCCAGGCACUUGCUGAGCUUUCUGAAGGACAGAUUUGAACUCCUACAGGUUUUCUGCUGCUCUCACCUGUGUGUGAGCAUAAAUCACCUUCCAGGGAACUGUGCCCAUGCCAGAAACCAGCCUCCCCUUCCCAACAGCCAUCUGGGACAUUCUCCUGCUGCCUCCCUGAAGGCAAAGCCCCAUAGCAGAGCCUGGUCUGGUACUUUGGGUACUCCCUGUUUGAUUUGAAGCAGGAUUUGUAGAGGGAGAAUGGCAGCAUCCUGUCCCCCACACCUUGGAAAGGUCAGGGUGUGUCAGUGUCAGAGGGACAAGGAGCUGCUGGUAACUGAAUCACCAUGAUGAAAGUCUUCUGACCUGUUAAAAACUUGUGAUAAGUUUUGGUCUUGAAGGAAACCUCCAGAAAUCCUCCUCUUUGACGUUACAUGCACUCUGAACAGUUUGGAAUUGUUCUCUCCCAUGGGCAUUUUUACAUUGGCUUCUCUCUCUGUGCUGUGGGACAUCAUCAGGUCUGUUGAGGUUCCCAUUAACAGACUCCUCUCAAACAAUAUCUUCCCUCCCAUAGACAUCCUGCUGUAUCCAAAACAUUUUCCCAUCUAAAUCCUUCCAUAUCUGUCCUUUAAUCCCCUUUGUCCUUCAGCUCCCCAGACUCUGGCCAAGGGCAGCAGUUCUUGGUCACUGAAGCUGGAAGUGGCCAUGGAGCAGCUCUACCACGUUCCUGAGCAGCUCUGCUGGCUCUGGCUGGGGGGACUCUCCACUGCCAGAGAGAUGAGAUACUUGAACAUGAGCAGAAUACUUGAGCUUGCUCAACAGGGUAAAACUUUAUCAGGCAAUCCUGGGCUUUUUCAAACCUUCUGCUGCUUAUUGCCUCAGAAAGCAUCUCUGUUUUCUUCUCCCUGGGGUUUGCUCUCCUUGUUUGUUUUUUUUUUCCCUCUAAUUCUCCAUUUUCCCCCUUCCCCUCCCUGUCCUGCCUGUUUCCACCUCUCUUGCUCUUCCUGGAGCUUCCAGUUUUCCCCAGGCAGCUCUGACCACAAGUUGCUCUUCAGCUGGUGGAGCCAUUUGUGCAGCUGAGGCACCGUUUCUCCUACACUGAGGCCCUUCCUCUGCUGCUGAGCUUUGGGAGGAAGAGACCAAAGCUGGUAAAGGCAUCAGGGUUUCUGCAGAGCACUGCCUAAGCCAGGCAUCCUUUUUAUAUUCCUUGAUUUUAACCUUGCUCUAUUUAACAGCUUUAAGUCUUGAGAUCCAGUCAAUGCUUCCCCUGCACGCUGUUCCCUCUUGGUGCACUCUUCAUGUGAGUACUUUUGCUGUUCUUGAUGUUUUCUCUCUUGGUGACCCACUCCUCCCUUCAGCCUCAGGCUCUGGCUCUGGUCAGGAGAUCGGGGAUCAGGAGCCCGCUCCCUUCUGUGCCACGUGGAGGAGGAGACGCUCCCCAGCUGGGCAGGAUGAGCAGGAGAGUUUGGAGUAAAGAUCCUGUUCUUCUCACAGGAGGUUCCUGGCAGCAGGAAGCCUGGUGUCUGUUUUGGGAGAGGGUUCAACCCAAUCUGACAAAUCCAUCCCGCACUGAUGUUUUGCCCCUUCCUACCAGGACACUCACUGUGCUUUUUCCCAAGGAGCAGAGUGGGAAGGCUGUGGGAGGCUCCUUCUUCUGAGUGUUCUUGCAAAGCCAAACCACUUUAGCUGAAGUGUCUGCUUAGCACUGGAUUCUCCCGAGCCCUGGGCCCCACAGCUCAGUGUCCCUGAGCAGCCAAAGCUGUGAGCGUCUCCUCGUGACGUCGCAACUGCAAACCAAAUUCUUGAGAAUGGAUUUUUUUUUGUCUCACUUCAUGCCUGACAUAACCAGUGCACUGAGGAGGUGACAAACAGGACACCUCAAACCCUGUGCUUGGGACAGGGUGCAGAGCAAAUAGGUUUUAAAAUUGAUCCCUCUUGGAAUCAGAGCAUUUGCCAGACGUGGUCUCCCUUGGGGAACAUGAGAUUUUUUUUCUGAGCAAUUGCUUGGGGUGAGUUAAUUUUUAUUGCUUGGGGUGAACCCACCUGUUGUGGCUCCAAGUUUGAUGAUGGCUCUUUGUAAAUAAACUCCUUGGAGAAGCAGGACUGGCUGACGAGAUGGGGAGAGAAUGUAUUUUUAUGCAACCUUUGAGUGGCCUUUCAAACCCUGAGAUGAAUGAUUUGUUUUACUGGUUGUUGUUAUAUAGUAUUAUAAGUAUUAUGUGUUUGAAAGUUUGGGAAUAAUAUUCACAGCUAUGAUGCUUGUAAACACAACAGUAUUUAUAAAUGAAUAAAAUAAGAGUUGAUAAAAUAGAA